UAGAGUACUUCAGAACUAAAAAAAAGUAUAAUCAUUACAUGCAAAAAACGUCAAUAUUUGCCAUAAAAAAUCGAUACCUAAAAUAUCGAUACAUCUCAAUAGCGAUGUUUCUCCACCUCUAUUUUCAAUGCACAAUCAACAAAGUUUUAGUGACACUUAAGGAAAAUUGUAAUUAAAAACCAUUAUGGAGUCUUUCGAGCAAACCGAUGGCAAUCGCGACGAAUUGAUUAUACAACAACAACGUGAAAUUGAAAAAGAGAUCUCUGAAUCGACUCCAUUGGUCAGCGAACAAUUGCCGCUAACUUGUUUACGUGCCGAAUACGAAGGAGAUGAGAUAUUUACCGCUAAAAUUCAAGAGUUGGCCAAGAAAUACAAAUUCAUACGACGCACACGACCCGAUGGCAAUUGUUUCUUUCGAGCGUUUGCUUAUUCUUAUUUGGAAUAUUUAAUCAGCAACAACAGUGCUUACCAAGAGUUUCGCAAAUUGGCCGAAGCCUCAAAAGAGAAACUUGUGCAGCUUGGUUUCCCCAGCUUUACGCUAGAAGACUUUCAUGACACUUUUAUGGAAGUAAUAACGCGUGUAAGUCCGGAAAAUGCCGAAGGAACUGCAAAAGUGCAAAGCGAACUGCAUAAAAUAUUUAAUGAACAGGGUUAUUCCGAUUAUGUUGUUGUUUAUCUACGUUUGAUUACAUCGGGAAAACUGCAGGAGGACGCUGAUUUUUAUCAAAAUUUUAUUGAGGGUGAUUUCACAAUUGAGGAAUUCCGCCAUCAAGAAGUUGAGCCCAUGUACAAGGAAUCAGAUCACAUACAUAUCAUUGCGCUAUGCACAGCGAUAGGAGUUGGAGUGCGUGUGGAAUAUCUGGAUCGAGGUGAAGGCUCCCAAGUCAAGGCCCAUGAUUUUCCCGAGGGAUCAGAGCCAACAGUCUAUCUUAUUUAUAGGCCAGGCCAUUAUGACAUAUUGUAUCCCAACUGAGCGUAUUUAUAAAGCAUAUGUAAGCAAUUAUAAUACACAAAACAAAUUGCAAACUCAUUUACUAACAAUACACAUACAUAAUUAUAAUUUUACACUAGGUAUUUUGUGGUUAACACACACACACACAUCAAGAUCACGAUAAUUUUUGUGGAAUUUAUCAACACUAAUUUUUCAAAAUUGUGUGCAUUAUAUUGAUGCUACUAAUUAACUUUUAUAUCUAUUCAUUCAUCAAUUAAUUGCAAAUAUUAACACCUCCUUCUCUUAUGUGAACAUAUUGGCUUUUAUUUACCAUAAAUUAUUGUCAACAAUUACUCUGUAUUUGUUACUACGUAAGUAAUAAAAGUCGUUUAAUCGUUUAAUUGCUAAAAUUACAAAUGGCUUCUUUUCAUGGAUAUAAUUAAACUAAAAAAAUUCCAAAUUAACAUAAUAUUUACACUGUUGUAAAUAAAAGAUACCUUGUAGUAGCUUUGGCAUAAUUGUAAAUAUAUAUUUAUAGCAAAGAACCGGCAUUUAAAAUAAAAUAUAUGAAGAAAUAAUAUAUUGAAACGUACUUAUAUAUGUUCCAUAUAUUCCAUGAAACCAACAAAAAUUACAGAUUUCCAUAAGAUUUUCAUCUGGUUACACUCCCAUACAAAUUUAACAAAAUUUGUGAAACGGCCAUUCAUUUUAAACUGACCAAUGGCAUAUUUUUCUAAGCGAGUGGAAGUAAAUAAUGCUAGAGAAGCUCGACUAGCUCAAAUGAGGAACAAGGCUUCGAUGACGAUAAAUUAUAAAUACGAUCAGUGAUAGAUUGUCAAUCGAUCGAUAGCAAUACUCAAAAAUUCAUGUUUUAUUCCUAACUGUUUUCACAUACAUAAGUGUUUGUUUAGAUUUGCCGGCAUUAAUAAAUUAAAUUAUUAUCAAUCAAUAUUAAAAAACAAUCUAUGCAUACUGUUUGAAACUACGUUUUUAUUAAUAUUAUAUACAAAAGAUUAUUGCCAUGUGUGAAAUGUUUGUUUUUCAUAAAUGCAUUUCUAACAAAAAUAAAAGUUGGGGGUGUGUUUUAAAAG